AUGGGAACCGAAUGCGGCACGGGCCAGUGUGGAACAAGGGAGUGUGGUGGUGCCGGACGGACACGGGCCGAGCGUGGGAGUCAGGCGCCCGGCUUGACCCCGCGCGGGGCUGGGGGAGCUCCCGGCGGCGGGGCGCUCGCGCUCUCCCGCCCCGAGGCCGGCGGGCGCAGUCCCCUCCUCGCCCACCGGGGGGCAGCCGCGGGCGCGCGUGGCGGCCCCGACAGACCCGCAGAGAGACCCGCCGUCGGGCGUCGGGCCCGCGUCCCGGAGCGCCAGGCCGACCGAGCCGGCGCCCCGCGGGGGCCCCCCAGGGUUUGGUGGCCUCGGGCCAGCCGCUUGCUGCCGGUGCGGGCGGUGCGGGUGCGGGUGCGGGUGCGAGUGCGGGUGCGAGUGCGGGUGCGGGUGCGGGUGCGGGUGCGAGUGCGGGUGCGAGUGCGGGUGCGGGUGCGGCCCCGCCCCCCCGCCCCCGUCCUGCUCCUGCGGGCGCGCACCUGCCGCCCGCCCUGGGCCCCGCGCCCGCCCCUCCGCCGCGCUGCCGCGGGCCCGCCGGCCCGGCCCGCUGCGCGCAGCCCGCGGGCGAAUCAGGCGCGGCCAGGAAGCCGCCGCCCUGCGCUGCCGCCGCCGUCCGCCCGCCGUCGGCUCGCUCGGGAUGAGGGGCGCGCGCUGGGCGCCCGCGAGCUCAGUGCCAGGUGGAUGGGGGUAGAGCGAGGCUGGGGGCACCCCGACUGUGCUGCUUGGCCCAGGACUGCAGGGCCCAGGAAGCAAGAGGGCUCCCUGGUGGCCAGGAUCCUCUGGGGAAGACCACUUUUCCAGGACGGCUGCAAAGCAUUGCAGGACGAGUGGCCAGGAGUGGACAUGAAUGUGGAGAGUGAGCUGCUGUGGCCCGGGGUGGCCUUGCUGCUGCUGCUGGGGACGGUGGCAGGCCUGUGCGUGCGCUGCUCCCGCCCAGCCGUGAAGAAGUCCGAGAAGAUCUACGAGCAGAGGAGCCUGGAAGAGAGCCAACAGAACUUUGCGGUGGCCCGGACCUAUUCUUUGGUCAGGCAGGCCUGGCCAGGGCCCCUGGUGGACAAAGACCCUCACGUGGCACCAACAAGGAAGGACAAGCUGCUGCGGUUCUCCCCCAGCCUGGAGGAUUCUGAGUCUUCCAGGUACCAGAACUUCAGCAAAGGAAGCAGACACGGAUCGGACUCAGCCUACAUAGACCCCAUCACCACAGACUACUACAAUUGGGGGCAGUUCCAGAAGCCCAGGGCAGAUGACGAUGACGAUGCCAACUCAUAUGAGAACGUGCUCAUCUGCAAGCAGAAGGACCCCGAGUCAGGCGACGAGGGAUCCGAGGAUUACCAGAACUCGGCAUCCAUCCGGCAGUGGCGGGAGUCCAGGAGGGUCGUGGAGCAAGUCCCGAGGGAAGCGCCUCUGUCCCUGGCAGGAAGCCCGGACGAGGACAACGAGGACCCCGAUUACGUGAAUGAGAGUGUGGCAGCCAGAGAAGCCUAGGGAGGAUCUGGAAGGAAGGAGCCGAGGGAACACCAGGCUAUUUACUGCCUCCUCCAGGGUCGCUUCUGUCAAGCUGCCCAACCUCUACAUCCCCCCAGUUACUCCUGGGAGAUGCAGGAGAUGUCCAGAGGAUCGUCCACCAGGCUCGGGGAGACUGGCCAGGGAAAGGACCAUUACACAUGGAACCAGCCCCUGGCCUGGCUUCUGGCUUCUGCAGGAACCCAAGGCUGAGGGCAACGUGGCUCCUGCUGUGACCCGAUGUCAGAUUCAGGGCAGGCUGCAUCCCCAACCCCAUGUCUGAAAACAUUGUGCGUCGCUGGUAUUCCUGUGCCUUUUUGCUCUGGAUUCUGAUUCCAAAUUGCUUACUAACGUCAACUGCUGGGAUAUUUUCCUUGAUCCAUAAACUUGUACAGUUAAUUUAUAUAGGUGGAGCCAUAUUUAAUAAUCUACAUCUCCAACUAGAGAUUCUCGACCAUCCUGCCUCCUAUGAGCAUUACACAUAAUUUUAGCAGAGUUAGGGGGGAGCGCUGGUGCUCCAUUCUUCAGGCCUCAGUUUACCUGAAAGAGAUGAGGCUACAGACAUCUCCGUGCUCUUCAGUGGAAACGUCUGCUGUGGACAAAAUGCAUCAUGUUUCUGGAGGAGCAGAGCAGAGUGGCUGAGUGGUGGCCCUCUGUUGCCCCCAAAUCCUUCCCUGCCCCAGGACUGGACUUGGCUGAGCUGGCUAAGCAGAAACACAACUGCUUCAUGGGAAGUGAGGGGAGCCCAAAGGGAGCUUCUAGGUCAGAAAAGCCAUAGCUGGAGAAACAAGAUGUUUCCUUUCAACUGAAACACCUCAAUAAAGCAUUUUAAGACUAGA